UAUCUGCUGAACGCCGGUUUCUUCACUGGCAGACAGGAGUUGUCACCGAGCAGUAAGGAUCAGAGAAAGACGCUUGUGGAAGCUGUAACUUACACUCAUUUCCAAAAAGCCUGUCUUCCUAGAACAUACUUGGAUUACCUUAUGUGCAAUAUGACUUUGGAGGAACUAAGUGGAGAUCAGAGUACAGAAAGCAUGGAUACAGUGGGAAAAGCCCUUGAAGAAGUUCUUAGCUCUGCAUUACCUCGAGGAUGCAUAACUGUUGGAGUUUAUGAGGCGGCAAAGUCACUGAACGUGGAUCCAGACAAUGUGGUUUUAUGUUUGCUGGCUACAGAGGAGGAGGAUGCGCAGGACGUUGCGCUGCAAAUCCAUUUCACCUUAAUUCAAGCAUUCUGCUGUGAAAAUGACAUUAACAUCUUAAGGGUGAACAACAUGCGGUGUCUGGCAGAGCUUGUAGGCGGAGUGAAGCAAGGAGGGGAGCCCGUGGACCUCCACUGUGUUUUAGUCACUAAUCCACACGGAUCUACAUGGAAAGAUCCAGCUCUGAGCAAAGUAAACGGAUUCUGCAAAGAGAGCCGCUGUUUGGACCAGUGGGUGCCAGUGAUUAACCUUCCGGAAAGAUGAUGCAGAGGGGAAAGACGUUUUCAAUGAACUGCAUUGGAUUUGAAUAAUUCUCAGGAGAAAA